AUGGCGACAAACAUCAAUCGGCUGUGCUUCCUCUCAAGAAGCAAUUCUACGGCUCCUUUUCUAUAUCACACCCAAACACUUACGCCUAUUUCAUCCGUGGCCCGAAAACAAUUCAACCGUCGCUUUCCGCGCUCUUUUUCUACCCAGAUCGAUACCGAGGCCAAUAAUGCAACGGAGGACAAACCAUUAGCGGAAGAUAACACAAGUCAGAAUACUUCUGAAGAGUCAACUACCUCCAGCUCGACGAGUGAGGCAGCUCCCAAGCCCCGACGAAGCUAUCUGCAGAAAAAAGCAGCAUCUGUCUCUGCAAGGCCUAGCCUCAGACCAUCCGUGGUCAAGAAGACAACAAAAAUAGCACCGAAGAUCACAAGUCAGGAGAAAUUGGUAUUCGGAGGGCUCUUAGAGCAGCUUGGACUCAAAUACGAUGGGGAAACUACCGAGCCAAGCUCAUUGAAACCGCUGAGCGAGGAGAAGAAGGCUGAACUGGCUGAGCUAGCGUCGGUGUUUGAUAAUUUGCUAAAGGACCCAAGACAAAAGAGAGCGAAUAUGAAAGCUAAGCAACAAGCGAAGGACGACUCUUCUUCUUAUCAAAGACUAGAGAAGUCAAAAACGGAAGAACAAGUCCCAGCGGAGAAUCAAGGUCCAAAGCGAAUCUAUCUCCGUGAACUGGGCUAUACUGAGCCUGCCACGGCUAGCGCUGCCGAAGUGACCGUCAGCUUGCGGAGAGCGAUUGAGAUCGUCGUCAAAGCGGAAUCAGAACACAUUGAAUUCGCACUUUUCCAAGCCAUCGAGGAUGGCAAGGGCGACAUGGGUGUGUGGGAGGUAUGCAAGGAGCGCAUUUUCUCCAUGCUGUGCCACCUAGACGAGAAAUCUCUCGUCGAGGCUUCGGACCCGGGAAGUUUGAGCACAACAGACCAGCCCGAACCAUCCACUCGGCUAUCAGGACCUCUCAGAGUCCCAGCCGUUGUCCCGGUCUCCCCUGUCGUGGUAGCUCUAUACCCGAAGACCCUCCUGAUCGCCUUCCGCCUGCUGAAUACCCACUUCCGUGACUCCCCGCUCAUCCCCCAGUUCCGCUCGACAAUCAAGGAAUACGGCCGUGUCUCUACUUUCCUCGGUGCAUCAUCUGGCCUGUACGAUGAGUUGAUCCACUACCACUGGCGAGUAUGCAAGGAUCUUCCCACUGUGGUGUCAAUCCUGCGCGAGAUGAACCAGCUGGGCAUCAACCCGAGUAGCAAGUCCCGCGGCAUGCUGACCGGCCUUAUCAUUCGCCAUGCCCGGGACUUGGAGGCUAAUCGGAAAUCCCCGAGCGAGAAGGAUUUCUUCUGGGAUUUGCCAUCCAACAAGGAGGCAUUCGAUCAGCUUACCCGUAAGGAUGGUUGGAUGGACCAGAUCGAGGCGCGUGCAGAGGAAGAGGCGAGGCAACGUCAGACUACUCGGACUUUCCACCACUAG